UCAGAUAAAAACAUUAACAGCUACACCUGCGCCUUGUAAUGGGGAGAGCUCACUCGUUGACACAGUAGCCGGUGUUUUCAAUCUUCAACAGCGGCGGAUCGCUUCUAUCUACACACCAGAAAUAUCAAUCACACAAAGAAUACACAGGAUGUAUUCGAUAAAGACGAUGAAGUUCAAAAUUCGGACAAAUACUCGGUGACCUAAUUCGGUAUCCAGCUUGGGAAGCACGCCUUCGUAUGUUACAGCACAGGCCUGCUGUAUAGAAUAAACCGGGGGUUUUUGUAAACAACCAAGAUGAAUAUUCAUCUAUGGGCCUUCCUAAUUUUCCUGACUCAAUCUAUCCUAUGCGUACAGAGCCAAAAUGACACGACCAAUGCCACGUCUACCCCGUACAGUCCCUUGAUGACGUCACACGAAACAGUGACGUUGUCGACAUCGAUGACGUCAGUUGUGACAUCAUCAACAUCGUCAUCGUUAACGUCAACAGCAUCACCCUCGUCUGGACAUAGCAGUUCAGGAACGAUCACCGGAGAGAACAGUGUCACGACUACGACCGCGGUUACGAAUGCUUCUAAUGCAACUGUAACCAAGACAACGGGCACGGCUGCAGGGGAUCCAGGAACGACUGCCGCAACCCUCACUCCAAAGAUUGAGACGAACAUCUGGCAGCAGUAUCGGUUCUAUAUCCUCGGGGGAGGAGCAGGUUUUAUAGUGUUGUCCGUGAUCGUGCUCUUCAUCUGCUGUGCCUGCUGCGCCAGUUGCAGGCGGUGUUGUUGCAAUUGUUGCCUAAGACUCUCUUGUUCGGAAGGCUGUCGUGCGGAAUUGGUUGACUUUGAACAGUGCCUAGCAACGUGUUGUUGUCGCCAUGGAAACAAAACCAAACACCAAUCGCGGCAGCAUUACCCGCAUCCUUUUACGACAUUCGAUUAUGACAGCAGCACUUUAGGUACAGAUAAAAAUGGAUACAUGAAUGGACAUGUUUACACCAAUGGCCACGUGCAUUCAAAUGGUCACUUGCCUAUGACGCAGAUGGGUCACGAUGUUCUGGAUGGAGGCAGCAUCAGCAAACGGAGCGACUCCAGCAAGAGUUCUGAUGUUAAUCACAAUGCAGUGCCGAAAUCCAAGAAUAAAGAGCAACAACCCGUUGAAAUUACUCAGAUAACAGUAUUCGACCCAUCUGUAAAUCAACCAGUGGCAAAUGGGCAUGUGGAACCUGUUACCAAUGGAAAUGGCAAACCCAACGGUAACAGCAACUCUGGGAAGAGCAACGGCAAUGGUCACGUGACGAAUUCACCCGCUGGGUUUAUGAAAUUUCGCGGUGGGAAAGGAAACUAUAAACUCACUCCACUGAGAGAGAGGAAGAAAAUUUAUAUGAACAGCAAGGACGGGGACACAUUCCUCUUCGUCCCGAGUUGCCCGGAUGGAGAUUGCUUCUUCCGAGCCUUCACUAUAGCAACGCACGAGAUUCUCCAAAAGUGCGAGAGACACGCGGAGAGUGGACUUCCUUUGGCGGAAGAUCUGUUCCGAUUCGAAAACGAAAAAGUGUUCAACCUCCGCAAGGAGAUGUGCGAUUUUAUGAGAGAGCAUUUCAGUCGUUACGAAAAGAAAGCGCUGGAGCUGGUUCAUCAAGGGAGCGUAAAAGACAUGGACAGUGCUAUCCCUGCCAUGGACAUCCCCGCCCCCAUACACGACGAACAAUACCAAAGUUUCUACGAUGAACUCAACGCCAUGCAACACCCAGGGACCUACGCAUGCCAGUUGGAAAUUGCCGCCGUGGCGGACAUGAAAAAGACGAAGGUUUUUCUCUAUCAAAAACUCCUUGAGAGUCCCAAGAGCUUAAGGGGCAAGGACCCGAGGAUCAACAUUGCAAAGGUGAUCGAACUCGGACAACCCGAGUUCGAGGACGAGAUUGAUCUUGUCUAUAUGCCCAUUGACCAUGGGAGGUCAGGACAUUACGACGCAUUAGUAAAAGUAGAAACUGCCACUGCCUAGUCCCAGUAUAGAAAUGCAGAUUGGAUUCCAAGAGAGUUUACAUGGACACCACUUGCACCAGAGUCCCAGCGCGCCCUGCGCCUUGGACAAGCAUCGACGGACAUGUUUUUCCUAUUCCUUUUUGUAGAAAGGGGAGAAAGGGAAAAGUUAAAGUGAGUGAAUGCACAACACAUGGGAAGCUCGCGUUUAAAUCUGACUUUCAAUACGUUUGAUAUCAGCUUUUCUCGGAACGGCAGGGUAUAAAGAAGAAACCGCUGGAUCAAACCCCGUAAAAUGCGGUGUAAAGUGUGAGCUUACUUUUGGAUAGGGGUAAACUAAGUGAAGACAAGGGGGACCGCUGUGUACCACGUGAGCAUUACGUCAUUAACGUGAGCAUUACGUCAUUAACGUGAGCUGAUCACGUGGUGAUUAUCCAGGUUACAUAUGCAAAGAUGACGGUGAUUGUGCAAACCGCCGGGAUCAACACCAAAUGAUAAAUAACUGUUACCUCUCAAUUUUUUGCGCAAGUCGAUUCUAUUUGAUGAACAGAACUUUCUCCUAGGU